GCACCAUAGGAGAACUAAACCGUACGCUCCGCAGGCACUUAUACCCAAAGACCUUUCCGUUUUCCGUUCUUCGCCGAGAAGUGCGACAAGUGACUCAUAAUCGCUUCUCAUGGGCUUCGCCGUCGAAGAAGGGAAAAGCUUCUCCUCCGAUUGCCCUACUCUCCUUCUGCCCGCACUUUCAAUCGGCAAUGUGAGCCAGUUAACUAUCGAUCUGCUAAUCUCAUCUUUGAGGGCUAAAAGAAUUGCGUACUUGGAUGAGCCUUCGGUUCUUCCUUGCGUUGGUAAUGAUGCUUACGGGCCGCUUCCGGAGGGUGAUCUUGCCCUUCCUCUUGAAGCUUACGACUCUCUUUCUCAUGCUCUGACUCUGAUUCAACAGCGUUCACCAGUUAUCAAGGGGAUGAUGAUUGAAUUUGCAAAAAGCUUGGCUAAUUUUGUAACAGCUAUUGGAAAGAAGCAUAUUGUUAUUCUUUCCAGCUUAGAUUCCGGUAAGAGAAAGCAAAUCGAUGGGUCGAGUUUUAUGCAGAUAUAUUACAUUUCAAGUGUCAAUGAUGAUGGGCAUGACGUAGAUUGUGAGAGGCUAGGUUGGAAAAGACUUGAAGAAUAUAAACCUUUUGAGAGGAGAUGGAAGUAUCUUAAGCAUCUAGCUGAAGAAAAUCUUAGCCAGGAAGACUAUAUAGAUCAGGAAGAUGACUUGGUUGAUGAUGAUUACUAUGCAGGACUGCCAUUUGCCGCCUUAUUUGUAUGCUGCAAGGCCAAAGGAGUAAAAGUUACUUGUUUGCUAUGCUAUUGUUCGGAAGGGGAUAACAUUCAGGACUCGUUACAGUUAGCUGAGGCUGCUUGCAAGCUUCUGGGUAUUGAUCAAGAAAAUUUCCAUGGUAACGAGCCAGGAGGAUGGGUGAUUCCACUUUCAUGGAAAACAGUGUAUGGGCCACCACCAGAUAUGUCUCUCUUCUGACAUGCGUUUGGAUCAGUUCAACUUGAAUCGCAUGGAAUCUCAUUCUGGAACGGUUUGUAGCCAAAUACUGAAACUUGCAUUUCCUCCAUAUUUUCUCUUGUUAUCUGGACUGUAAAGUAGGAAUCUUUGAGGUUAGUUUAUCAACACCAACCUAGAAGGAUAUGUUCAUGUUCGCAAUACUCACUUCUCAUACCUGAAAAUUUAAACAUUAUUUUCAGAACAAGUCCAUUUAAAGUAUUUCAAACUGUUCUCCGGCGUUGUAGAUCGAUAUGAGGCUUUUUGAAUUGUAAAAGAAAUAUAUUUUCAGAACAUGCAAAUCUUUGAAAUAAUACAUUGUUUGUCGGGAAAAAUCA